AUGAACCAAAAAACUGAAUUAAUUUAUAAUCUUGCUUUAGAUUAUGUUAAUAAGAAUGCUGAAGAUCCAAGUUAUUACCCAGAAUUAGAAUUCAAUUUCUUCAAGAACAAUUCAGCAUUGUAUAUCAUGAGUCCAACAGAUAGGAGUUUCUCAGCAAUUGUUGAAUUUCAUCCAGAAUAUAAUGUCUUUUCAUGCGCUUUCUAUGGUAAUGACAAAGAAAUUUGGUCACCACCAUAUGAUCAAAUAAUUCAAUCAGAAAAUCCAAAUGAUAUUAUUAUCUCACUUGCACGAGGAUUUAUGCUUUAUGACCAACUUAAAAAUAUCGAAGGUAAACUAUUAAAAACUUAA